GUAAUUGGUCCACGCUCGAACGGAAUAAAAAGGAUAGAUCGUUGCCAUCUAUGUAUCGCGCAUGUUAUGCUGCACUUACUGAAAGCGCGGCAAUCGUGGCGUCGGAAUUCGCGCGCUCUAAGUACAAUCGCGAUCAUUGUGAGUGUCGAGGAGUCGGAAUCAAUCGGUCGGCCGUGAUUAACGCUGUCAUUUACUUGUCCCGCGUCACAUCCAAGUUACGAUUUUCACCCUGAGCAUAAAUAUGUCCGAGGAUUACGCGAGGAUUAUAUGAGAGAGAAAGAAAAAGAGAAGAGAGAGAGAGAGAGAGAGAGAGAGAGAGAGAGAAGAGACAGUAUGAACAUUGCGACAAUUUCAAGUAGUACGUUAACGUAUUCCGGGAAUAACGGUUGCCUGCGCGUACGUCUCGGGAGUGCCGUAAAAAAGUAUCGGGAGUGUCGAAAGAAAUAUCGGGCGAUCGUCGUAUUGUGCGUAUAAAUACGCAGUAUAUCGUGUCGCGUUCGAUCGAAAUUUCGAAAGUGAGCUUUUCGCGAAUAAGUGAUGAGUAUUUUGUGGAAUUCAGAUUCAUCGUCGACGUUGGCGUCGAGAAUGGCGGCGUUGCAACGACCGGAUUCCUCAUGUGGCGAAGAAGAAUUAUUGUCAUCGGUUCACCGCCCAACUUGCAGCUUAUUAAAGCAGCUGACAAACGGAUCGGCAUGGAGUAACUAUUCGGGUCACAGUGACCCUUGCAAGGGAAAAGGGCAGCAGCAUCACCUCCCUACGCCCUUCUACCGCCGCGACGCACGACGACAUUGGACUGUCGUCGUCCCGCAGCGAACCCUGCGUCAUUAUUAUUAUUAUAGCCGCAAGGCUGACGUUUUUCCUCUUGGACCUGUAAAUAAAAGGCCUCAAAGUGUACGGCGCCGUGGAGAAGACGUUUCACCCGUUCGAGCUGAGCAGCAGGCUUUCCCGCGUGUUCCCCGGAACACUGCCCGGUAUACAAGGUGA